UCGUAUUUUAUAAUCUGUGAUACUGUGUUGCUAGAUCUAUUUUAUUCCUGGCGUUCUUUUGUACCAGUGCUUCAUAUCAUUUGAUAUUUGAGGACACAAGUUAGGUACUAAAUCAGCUAUCAGAUAUAUACGCGAAUUACUAACGGAAGGUCUGAAAUUUAAAAUAUUGUUCUGCGUUUGAGUCUGGAAUUAGAAAACAAUGGCAAAUGUUGUACCUUUCUUUCGGAGCCCAUUUACGGAUUUGACAGGCAGCCUUAUAAAUCACCAGUUCUAUGGAAAGUGUGAGGAAAUGGAAAUGAGGAUGAUGAAUUGCUUAGAAGCCUAUGGCAUGGACCGUGGUCGGACAAAGUGCAAGGACCUUCAUGAUGACUUGCAAGAGUGUUUUUCACACAAAAAGCAGAAACUGCGAGUGAAAGCAAUGAUGGCAGAACGUGAACGUCAGUUCAGGGCAGGAGAGAGGAGCAAGGAAGAGCACUAUGCAAAGACCCCCACACUUGAUGCUUACUAGACGCAUUUUCUGGCAGUAGUCGUCUUAAUACUGAAAUGAGAACAGCUUUGUUUUUAGAUAAGAAUAAAUAUAGGAAUGAUGACAUUGAUCUAUCCUUUGCCUUACUCAUUUGACAGAACAGCAUCAUAUAUGGAGUAUUAAAGUGAAGGAUGAUAUCAUUUUAAUACAAAUUUUCUAUGAUGGCUGAGGUGAUAAAAAAUGUUUCAGUCAAAUUAGAGAUUUAUUUUUGUUCUAGGAUCUCUUUUAUCAAACCAGACAUACUGUCUACUAAAGAUGUUUCCCCAAUGCACUUUUUGUAAUUUUUGACAAACCUAGUUCGAGCUAGGAGUCAUUUGUGAAUUGUAAGCUACGGGAUACAGGUUAUGUUAUCAGUAUAUCUAAAUAACUAUGUUAUGGAUCCAUGUGAAACAAAAGUAUGCCUGUAUUGCACGGAGAUGAAAUAUAAGCACUAUAUGGAA